GCGGACGACGUCCCUCCUCUGGACGGAGAGUCGGCAGAAGGUUUCUCCUCGUACAGUGGAGGUGGGAUGAACGGGCCGAGGCAGGUGAUGGACUUUCUGCAGGAGCCGCUCCCAGGUGUGGGGACCUACGAAGACUUCAACACCAUCGACUGGGUGCGCGAGAAGUCUCGGGACCGUGACCGGCACCGAGAGAUCGCCAAUAAGAGCAAGGAGUCCACCUGGGCCUUGGUGCGCAGCGUCAGUGACGCUUUCUCAGGAUGGCUGUUGAUGCUGCUCAUCGGCUUGUGGGCAGGGCUGCUGGCCGGCCUGAUUGACAUCACUGCCCACUGGAUGACGGAUCUGAAGGAGGGGGUCUGCCUGCAAGGCUUCUGGUACAACCACGAGCACUGCUGCUGGAACUCGACCCACAUCACCUUCGAGGACAGGGACAAGUGCCCUGAGUGGAGGACCUGGGCGCAGCUGCUGACUGGCAGAGAGGAAGGGGGAGCCCUGAGUUACGUCCUCAACUACUUCCUCUACAUCCUCUGGGCGGUGUUCUUCUCCUUCCUGGCUGUGUUGCUCGUCCGGGGCUUUGCUCCCUACGCCUGCGGCUCGGGGAUCCCAGAGAUCAAAACUAUUCUCAGUGGCUUCAUCAUCCGAGGCUACCUGGGCAAAUGGACGCUGCUCAUCAAGACCGUCACCCUGGUGCUGGCCGUUUCCUCGGGCCUGAGCCUGGGCAAGGAAGGUCCCCUGGUUCACGUGGCCUGCUGCUGCGGCAACAUCCUUUGCCACCUCUUCACCAAGUAUCGGAAGAAUGAGGCCAAGCGCCGGGAAGUGUUGUCGGCUGCUGCGGCCGCCGGUGUGUCAGUGGCCUUUGGGGCCCCCAUUGGAGGUGUCCUGUUCAGUCUGGAAGAGGUGAGCUACUACUUCCCGCUAAAGACCCUCUGGCGCUCCUUCUUUGCUGCGCUGGUGGCAGCCUUCACCCUGCGCUCCAUCAACCCAUUUGGCAACAGCCGCCUGGUGCUCUUCUACGUGGAGUUCCACAGCCCCUGGCAUCUCCUGGAGCUGGUGCCUUUCAUCCUGCUGGGCAUCUUUGGGGGGCUCUGGGGGGCCUUCUUCAUCCGCAGCAACAUUGCCUGGUGCAGGCGGCGCAAGACCACCAAGCUGGGCCGGUACCCGGUGCUGGAGGUGCUGGUGGUCACGGCCCUGACCGCCCUGCUAGCCUUUCCCAACAAGUACACCCGCAUGAGUACCAGCGAGCUGAUCUCGGAGCUCUUCAACGACUGCAGCCUCCUGGACUCCUCCCAGCUCUGCGACUACCUCAGUGCCCCCAACAGCACCCAGGGGGAUGACCUGCCUGACCGGGCUGCUGGGCCGGGCAUCCACAUAGCCUCGUGGCAGCUGAUGCUGGCUCUCCUGCUGAAGAUCUUCAUCACCAUCUUCACCUUCGGCAUGAAGGUGCCCUCGGGCCUCUUCAUCCCCAGCAUGGCGGUGGGGGCCAUUGCGGGCCGGCUGCUGGGCGUGGGCAUGGAGCAGCUGGCCUACCACCAUCCCGACUGGCGGAUCUUCAAGGGUUGGUGCAGUCCUGGCGCAGACUGCAUCACGCCCGGCCUCUAUGCCAUGGUGGGGGCUGCCGCCUGCCUGGGCGGAGUGACCCGCAUGACCGUCUCCCUGGUGGUCAUCAUGUUUGAGCUCACGGGAGGGCUGGAGUACAUCGUGCCCCUGAUGGCAGCUGCCAUGACCAGCAAGUGGGUGGCCGACGCCAUCGGCCGGGAGGGCAUCUAUGAUGCCCACAUCCGCCUGAAUGGCUACCCCUUUCUGGAAGCCAAGGAGGAGUUCAGCCACAAGACCCUGGCCAUGGACGUCAUGCGGCCCCGGCGCAGCGGCCCCGCCUUGACCGUCCUCACGCAGGACAGCAUGACGGUGGAGGAGGUGGAGACCAUCAUCGGCGAGACCACCUACAGUGGCUAUCCUGUGGUGGUGUCCAGGGAGUCUCGGCGCCUGGUGGGCUUCGUCCUCAGACGAGACCUGGUCAUCUCCAUGGAAAAUGCCCGGAAGAAGCAAGAAGGGAUUGUCAGCAGCUCAGUUAUUUAUUUCACGGACCACUGCCCCCCGCUGCCGCCCUGCUCCCCCCCCUUGCUCAAGCUGCGGAACCUUCUCGACCUCAGCCCCUUCACUGUGACAGACCAAACCCCCAUGGAAAUCGUGGUGGACAUUUUCCGAAAGCUUGGGCUGCGCCAGUGCCUGGUCACACACAAUGGGAAGCUGCUGGGGAUUAUUACCAAGAAGGACGUGUUGAAGCACAUAGCACAGAUGGCAAACCAGGAUCCAGACUCCAUCUUGUUCAACUGAAGCCCGGGAGGGGCCGGAGGCUUUCCUCUGCCCCACGGACGUUGGCCAGAGGGACCUGAGCUUUGCCUCUUUUUACUGAGGAUCCAGAGCUGUCUUCAGGUUCCCCGUGUGGAGCAAGCGAUAAUCAUGUUUUAUUUUUUUCUACAAGAUAACCAAUUGCACUAUGUAAUCUGUGGAAAGUAAUCUCCUCUCGGGAAGGAGAGCCUGAUUGUAGCCUUGUUGGGGAGCUGCGCUGGGAAGGAGGUUCCACGCCAGAGUAAAAGAAUCAAUCUAACUGAGCCGGCAGUGGCUGCUUCUUGCCUAACCCAGAGGGGGGCGUGGGGGGGGAAGCCCCUCUAAAUUGGUAUGGAAGGGUGAUGGCCGGAAGGUCAGGUUUGGGCUGCAGCAGCCCUUCCAGGCUGCCCAGAGCAUGCGCAGCAGGGCAUCGCAUCCAGGGGCUCAUUUUCCUGCCUCUUCCCAAGUGGCACCAGAUAACCCCAAGCCAACAAGCUGAACCUCCGGGCAGUCUGCUGCCUCUUCUUGCAGCUGCCCAGGAACAAGGUGGCAGCUGCAGGAGCAGCACUGCUGGCUUUGCCUGGCCCAGCCCGCCUGGCCUCCUGAAAGCCUCUUGCCGUGGGGCGUCCCCCUCUUUGGGCACAGGGGCAAGGGGGGAAGAGGCCAAAGGGGAAGAACCGCCUGGACUGGGAUUCAAGACAGCUGGGCCAGGUUCACGCACCACACUACCAUGACUCAUGGCUGACAGCCUAGGGUGUGCGUUGUCUUUCGGAGAAGCCAGAAGAGGCCCUGUGGCCAAGGAGGUCGAGUCAAGGGCUGCUGCCCCAGUCCAAACGUGGGGCUCACACCGGUUAGAAACAGAGUGCUUCCUGUACUGUGCCUCUGGGGAUUGCACUUGCCCACCCUUUCAGGGUUCGUAAUGGCAGCCUGCUGUUUUGCCUCCGUCCCACAGUCUGGCUAGCGAAUGAAGCCACAGCCUAGGUGCAUGUAGCACACUGAACCAUGCACUGACAAUGGGGGCGGGGGAUGCAAAAUGCUAAGCCACAAAUAAAAGCUGGAUGGAACCUGACCGUUCUGGAUGCAGCUCCUGAACAACACGAUCCCUCAAGAAAACCAGCCAAGGAAAAAAGCCAUUUCCCACCAAAGUCCAGGACACAGACCCGAAGAUCAACCUCCCUCCAGGAAGGGCUAGGGAGAUUCUUGGGCUGCCACCCAGGUCACCCAGCU